CUGCAGUAUACUUUGUUGGCAGUGAACGGAACGAAGCGCUGUCGUAUAGAUCGCUGGCUGGCCGUCUGGCUGAAAAUAGUGAACGAAGUAUGAGUUUUCGAAAUAUGUUCGAAUAAAAAGUGAACAGUGAGUGACUGUCAUCGAGCAAGAUGGUUGAUGACGUGAAAGAUAUUACGGAAAACGCUGAAAGUAAAGUGUCGUCAGAGGCUUUGGACCGGUCGAGGCUGGCGCGCGAGAGGCGGGAGGCGGAACAGCGCAAGCGGCUAGACGAGCUCCGUGCACACGCGGCAGCAGCUCAGGCGCAGCGCGAGAAACGAGACGAGGACCGUCGUCGACGACAAGCUGAGCAGCGCGCAAGAGAUGACGACAGGAGGCAACAGGCCGAGCAGCGAGCGAGGGACAGCGACAGAAGGCUACAGGUGGAAGAACGCAAGCGUGCGAUAUGGGAGGCGUCAGUGUCCCGUCGGGAGGCACUUCUCCAGAGAGAGAAGGAACGCACGGAACGCCUGGAACGGGCAAGAGCGGCGAGAUCCACUCCCAGGCCUGCAUUCGCCUUCGGUUCCUCGACACCACGACUGCUGGAGCCAGUUGAUUCAGCUGGAUUCUUCUGGGCCGCGCGCAGUACCAACCCACUCGAUCAGAUGAGCUUUUUUGAGUCGCUGGCGGCAUCAACGACGAAUGUGAUGUUCGCGUCUGCGCCGCUCACGAGACGAGCGUCGGCGUUACACCUCGACACCUCAGAUACAGACAAUAAAGACGAACCCGACCGCCAGCCGACAGUAGUAUGGUCAUCGGUCGCCCGGCGGCGCACCGACCUUGUGCCCACGCUGCCGGCCCCGCGCGCGCCAGGUAGGGCCUACUCCAUGACGCGUCUGGACAAGCUGCCCCGACUGACGCCCACAUCGUCGCCUUCCAUGCACCACCUCAACCGUACCCAGACGCGGUCCGGGGAGACGACGCCCGGGUCGCGGCCCGGCAGCGCGCUGUCCAAUGCGGGCGUGGUGCGGCGCGCCGCCUCCGCGCCCCGCAAGCCGCGCCCCGCCUCCAUCGCCGGCACCGGCGUCAACACGCCCAGAGGGUUCGUUAUAUUUCCAGGCGGUGGUGACACAGGUGCGAACAGUAUCGCGACGACGCCGUCAGUGUCGCGCGACGCGACUACAGUAGCGGGAGGCGACGCGCCACGUAGACCGCCCACAGCGCGCAAGCCACGCCCACUGUCACUGCACGCCUCGCCCCGACCUGUUUCAGUGCAGUUAAGUUACAGUUGUACUUGGUCAACAGCGCCCCCCACCACCCCAGGGGAGGGCAAACCGCCGCUGCAUAGGAAACCAAAGCCUGCCAAAGAAUAUGAAAAGCGCGGCAAGUCUCAGUCGCCGGGUCGUGCGCUGUCGCCCACACCGCCGCGACACAUCGACACUAUGGACAAGAGCGUGAGUUCUGACAAGCGUCAGGUGAGCGCCAUAGAGGUGACGCAGAAGCUGGAAGCUCUCCAGAUUGGUGACGUCAUCACCACACAACUAGACGAUAAGGUAAACGAAAACAAAGAACAUGUAGAAAGUAAGCAGGAAUCGAAGUCAGAACAAAUUGUAGAUGAAAAUAAAGAAGAUAAACCUAGAGAAGUACAGAAGCACGUCGAGAAGGAAGAGCAACGUGAGAAGGAGCCGUCGCAAGAGAGAAGAGAGGAGAAGAAGGAGCCAUCGCAAGAAAGAAAAGAAGAGAAGAAGGAGCCGUCGCAGGAAAGGAGGGAAGAGAAGAAGGAACCAUCUCAAGAGAAGACGGAAGAGAAUGAAAUGACAGCAUCAAUGAUGGCGCGUCGCAUCACGACGGAGGAGGAGGCGAAGGCGGCGCUGGCGGAGCGCAGGAGGCGCGCACGUGAGGAGCUCGAGCGACAGGCUGAGCUGGAGAGGCAGCGUCUGCAACGUGAGGCAGAAGAAGAAGCGGAAAGGCAGAGACAAGAAGAGGAGAGACAGAGGCGGGAGGAGGAGGAGGCGCGCGAGCUGGCCGCGCUGCAGCGCCGCGUCGAGGAGGAGAAGCUGCGGAAAGCUAUCGAAGCGCAACAGGAGCUGGAGCGUCAAGAGGCGGAGAAGAAGGUUCGUGCGGAGGCGGAGCGUGUGGCUCGUCUGAAGGAGGAGGAGGAGAAACGUCGCGCCGCCAACGAGGCUGAGCGGCUGCGGCGUGAGGAAGCUGAACGUGAGGAGAAGGAGCGCCUCGCGAGGAAGCAGCGUGUUGAGGCCAUCAUGGCACGCACCAGGCUUCGGAAGCAAGCUGAAGAAGAGAAAAAACAACAGGAGAAUAAAGCACAACCCACACAAGUCGCGAGCAACGAAACCCAAGGAGAACAAACAAACACACAGACCAGCGAAGUCACACAAGUCAUCUCGCAAGUCACACAAUCCAGUGAAGUCGUCCAGUCGAGUGAUACCCAAAGUGCAAUGUUACAGGACAGUGUCACUGAAAGCAAGCCAGUUGUACUAGAAACGGAACAAACCUCACAAGUUCCUGAUGUAAUUAUGCAGCAGAGUGGCAGCAGUGAAGGUGGUCACGCGCACGUGAACAUCAGCGUGCCGCCCCCGGAGCACGAGCAGCGCAGCACGGAGCAGCACGUGCCCGUGGCGCAGGGUGUCUCCGUGCACGUGCCCGCUGACAACGGCAACACUGUCUACACGCACGAUCUACUGCAGCUGGCAUCUACUCAGCAAGAUAGCUCGAAGUCAGAAAGCGAGAUAGAACAAGCCGCGCCCGUCAACAACGGCAACGUCACUGCCGACCUGCUGGGACUGUCCGACACAACUGAUAACAAGGACAGCUCUGAAACGCAGUCGACGACCGUAACUACCAAACAGAACGAUAACACGCCGACAUUACCUUCCAACAACGGCAACAACAUUGGCCACAUAUCGGCCAACUUCAUACAGAACGAGCGCACGUUGGCCGAACACGACCAACACGCCCAACAAGUUGGACAAAUCAAGUUGGCCGAUAUGCCCAAGCUGUUGGACGACGACUUCACCACGCACAACGGCCACAGCGCGACGCACGGCCACCCGCUAACGUUGCAAAAUGCAAUCUAAUCCAAGCGAAAUAAGGUUGAAUAUUGAAUGGUUUUCAUAGCGUAUAUAUUGGCUGGACGAGUCGGAGUCGAAGCGAUAAUGAACUCAAUGCUAUAAGGGAGAAGGUCGAAUUUUGUAUAAUAUUGCUCUAUUAAUUGUUUUUUUUCUUAUAUUGACAAUGAAUUCUAAAUUAAUGAUUCUGAAAUUGACAUUUUUCGUUUUGAAUUAUUUGCUAAAAAUUGGCCACUAGUUUUUUGAAUUUGAAAUUACUAGUUUUUUCAUAGUUUUCUAAAUUGAUUUAAUUAUAUCUCUAUACUUUUAACUAGGAAUAAAUCAAAGAGAAAGAGAAUAAAGUGGGAAUAGGGAAGUACCGAUUUACCGUAAUGUAAAAUGGUUGUGUGUGGUUGUUUUUUUUUGUUGCAUAUUUAUUUUGUAUAUACCACGACCCAACAGCCAAUAUGUAUGCAUUGGGAACGGAAAUGCCUUUGCGGGAUAGUGCUUUCUCUUUCACACAAAGGUCGCAUACAGUAUGAGUGAACGAGAAGGAAGAUUUCACUUGUUUUUGAAUGAAAGCGAAUGCAAAUGUCAACGCAUUGUGCGGGUUUUUAAUGUAAUAAUUAUGUAAUUAAUCGAUUAAUGCAUUUAUUCACGAUUCUAAGACGAAACGUGUGCUUUGCGCAGUCAUAAUAUCAUCGUAAACUGAACUGUAGACGAAAAAAAAAUAUUUUUGUAGCUAAAUUUGGGAAUUAAUAGACAAGGUUUUAUAAACAAAAAUUAAUAGCCUAAACUAAGCCUUAUUAGAGCUAAAUUAAAUAUUUUAUAGAAUUAUAAUUUAAAAAAAAAUACUGAUAAUUUUUCAUUUUUGCAUAAUAACAUCCAACUGUCAAAUAUUUUGUCUUUUAUAGAUAUUGCGUUCUUUAAUUGUGUACACAUAUUGUCAUUUCCCACGUUCUCAAUGAAUUAAACAUGUUUCAGGACAGUGGGAACAUACAAAAUGAAUGUAAUGGUCCUUCUAGCCGGAUACUUUAAUAUAUUCAGCUAUAUAUCAUUGCUUAUUCAUAUAUUUAUUUAGGCAUAAUUUUUUGUCUAUGAUACUUUGUCUAUGGUCUAUUCGGAUUUAAACUAACGACUUUUCUUCUUUGAUUAAUCAUAACUAGGUUGUGUAUAUACGACUGCGCUACAUUUAAAUUGUAAGUUUUAUUUAUUGUGAUGUUUUUAUUAUAAAUAAACCGGCUUUAUCGCUUCACUGAAAUCAAAGAUGGCUGUAACGUGAAAGCGACUUAUGGGAAGUCUGAUGAGUGCGAGCGAGAGGUAUAUAUAUUCGCCGUUGAACUGGAUUUUGAAAUAUUUAAUUCCGAAACAUAUCUGUAAUAAAAUUAAAUCGUAAUUUCAAACUCAUGAUAACAUUCUGAGAUACUUUGGUAAUAAAUUCUUUACGAAUUUUAAAUAACAUUUUAAUAAAAAUUUAUCAUUUUUUCGUUA